CCUGCUUCUUCUUCAUCUUUUCUCCUCCCUUUUCUCCGUGACGGUCCACACGUUCCAGACGGGAAACCGCACUUCAAGAUCAUGGCCGUACCUCCGACCUAUGCCGACCUGGGAAAGUCCGCCCGGGAUGUUUUCACCAAGGGAUACGGCUUCGGGCUCAUCAAGCUAGACUUAAAAACAAAGUCUGAGAACGGACUGGAAUUCACUAGCACCGGCUCGGCCAACACCGAGACCAGCAAGGUGGCCGGCUCAUUGGAGACCAAGUACAAGUGGGCCGAGCACGGGGUGACCUUUACGGAGAAGUGGAACACCGACAACACGCUGGGCACCGAAUUCACCAUUGAGGACCUGUUGACCAAGGGUCUGAAGCUGACGUUUGACUCUUCCUUUUCACCAAACACUGGCAAAAAGGGAGGCAAGCUCAAGACGGGUUACAAGUGCGACCACAUCAACCUGGGCUGUGAUAUCAACUACGACAUCAACGGCACGGCCGUGCACGGCGCCGGCGUGGUGGGCUUCGAGGGCUGGCUGGCCGGCUACCAGGUGACCUUUGAGGCCGGCCGCAACCGGAUCACCCAGAGCAACUUUGCCGUCGGCUACAAGACGGACGAGUUCCAGCUGCACACCAACGUAAAUGACGGCACAGAGUUCGGCGGCUCCAUCUACCAGAAGGUCAACGAGCAGCUGGAGACGGCCGUCAAUCUGGCCUGGACUACCGGCAAUAGCAACACCCGCUUUGGCAUCGCCGCCAAGUACCAGAUUGAUCCUGACGCGUCCUUCUCAGCAAAGGUGAACAACUCCAGCCUUGUAGGCCUGGGAUACACUCAGACUCUCAAGCCAGGCAUCAAGCUGACGCUGUCCGCCCUCCUUGACGGCAAGAACAUCAACGGCGGCGGCCACAAGCUAGGACUCGGCCUGGAGUUCCAAGCAUAGGGCGCACGUGCGCUUCUCGCCAACACUCCCACCGGUCCACCCCCUGUCAUCCCCGAUUUAAAUGAAAAAUAAUUUAGCCCUCACGACCCCGCUCCUUCCUAUUCCUCUACCUCGAUAUGUACCACACCAGGAGGCAAGCUGGGCGCCACGCGCUUGCCCCCACUCCGAGAAGCAAGCAUCUCCCACAUUUAAAGGAUCACGUUUAAGGGAAUAUUUAACUUUUUGAAAUGAGCAAGAAGAAAGGCGGGAAAUGUGAAGCGUGUAGCUCGCAAGGGAACGAGUAGCCUUUGAGCACAUUUUAAUUUUCAGUCACCUUUAUGUCCAUUUGUGUAGCUGUGCAGAAAGAAUGACGUGAAUAAUGACACUAUACAUAUUCCUCGCUCAUGAGAACAAGAUGGACACGCACCAAAACACACUACAGCCCAAUGUGUACAUUUUUUUAAAAUCUUGUUCCAUAGCAGCAUAACGGAAAAUGUUAUUUUAUGACCAGACCUGUGUAGCGUAAUCCACCUGUCAUGUCUUAAGACCAGCCUGAUCAAAAUGGACACUUAUGGAUGAGAGUUACUGGAUCUAAACCGGAAGUGGCAGUUUUCAAGCAAUCUUGAGGCUAUUGUCAUUUCCCCAAUCAAUAAAAACAUCUCGAACCAGCAA